UUUCAUAAACAAACAACCACGAAGGGAUUUCAUACUGUGAAAGAAACACAAAAAUAUUUGUUAUCUACACUAUUAAAUAAUUAUCUUUCAAUGUAUCUCACUAAAGAAGCAUUAGCAAACUGGUCACCAAAACGAUUUGAAAACUUGUUCUUAAUAUAACUCAAAACAGAAAAUGCUCUUUUUACACUUGCAGUUGUAAUUGGUAGAAUCCAAACUAGUAAGAUUCCAUGUCAGUAGACGAUUUCAGGGUUGUUUGGGAAAGAUCGAAUAGGCAUAAGGUGAAAAGAGAUCCAAUUAGUUCUUUAUUUCAAUUGAAAUUUCAUUUAUAGUAUAAUAAAUUUCAUUUAUAUUAAUUUUUGAACUACUAACGAGUUGUGUUGUAGUAACAAAAAUACUCAAAUACUAUCUAUAACUAUAAGUGUGGUGUUCUCACGAGAAAGUUUCCAUUUUUUUUCGAACAACAAAAUUCCCAAACGAGAAGAUUAUUGUUUAGGCGAAUACUCGACAAAUUCAUAUCAACACAAACAUAUCAAUAACGAUCCGAUCUGUACCAGAUCGAUGAUAGAUUUGAAUUAUUCUCGUUGAAAUAAAAAUCAAUAUCAUACCCAACCAAAAACACAUGUGAAAAUCGACACAACAUAUCGAUCAGCUCUUAAACUGUUAUAUAUCGAAUUACGAUGAAGCAAUUAUUUUAAUUUCGAGAUCGCUUAACCUUUUAUUUUCCAACACAAAAAAUGGGGGAAAAGAAAAAAUGAAACCGGGUGUAAUUUAUACUGCCAAAAAAGUCCGCAAAUCUAGCCGGAUAUGACUUUUAUUACGAGUUAAUCUAUUUUCCUUAAAAAUAAAUUGAAUUAAAGAAAAAUGAAAUGUGGAAGGAAGACCCUUCGCUCAGAAGCGUGUUGAUAACGCCUGCACCCUGCCCCACGUAUCACUCAACAAAGGAGAUCAGCAGGUCUGCUUAUCCUCCUAUUUAUUAGCUUAUCAUAUCAUGGCAAACCGCAUCUCGUCUCGUCUCACGGGUUAUUAACUUUGUCUGGUGGCCUUUUUUUCCUCUCUCUCUCUCCCCCAAAUCCCUAGCACAGCUCCCUGUCUAUAAAUACUCGCCAGGGGAUGAUGCUAGAGAGAAGGGAGUAGAGAGAGAAACUUGCAGAGGAAAUAGAGAAGAAGAACUAGAAGAAGGAGAGAGAGAGGGAGAGGGAAAAAGGAAAGCGAGGAGAAAAGGAAAAGCUCAGAGAGAGAAGAUUUCUGGAAGGGGAAGAGAGGGACUGGUGAACGGCGGCCCUCUCGUUGUCCGUAUUCGAAAUUCUCCGAUCUGUUUUGCUCAGGUAAACUUUCCCGCCUGGAAAUUUUCCCGGGGAGGAGGGGGGGGCGGCUGAAGCUUUCAUCUGCUUCUUCGCUUCGCAUUCUCCCACUCGUUGCGGUUAUUGGAAUUGUAGAUGUUUGUUUGGUUGUUAGGUGGAGUGUGUGUGUGUGCGUGUUUUUAAUCUGCGAGGGUUUUAGAUCUCUGAGUGAGGGUAAUUGGUUCAAUUGUGUGGGCAGGUGGAGCGGGAGGAAUUAUGUCGUCGCUAAGCAGGGAGCUUGUGUUUCUCAUACUUCAGUUCCUGGACGAAGAGAAAUUCAAGGAGACUGUGCACAAGUAAGCCUGAAUUUUGUGUCUUUUUUUUUGUGGUGGCCGCGGCGGGCAUUGUGUUGGUUGUGGGUUUGUGAAUGUGGCGGCGGUUGAAGCUUUAUUUUGGUGGGGGGAGGGUGUGAAUUUGAGGGUUUUUGUGUGUGAAUUAGGUUUGGUUUCGUGUUUAUGUGUAUGUGUGUGUUUAGAUUGGAGCAGGAGUCAGGGUUUUACUUCAACAUGCGGUAUUUCGAGGAAAUGGUGACGAACGGAGAGUGGGAGGAGGUGGAGAAGUAUUUAUCAGGGUUCACCAAGGUUGAUGAUAACAGAUAUUCUAUGAAGAUUUUCUUUGAGAUCCGAAAGCAGAAGUAUCUCGAGGCAUUGGACAAGUAUGUUUGAAUUUGAACAUAAUGCAUUUUGGCCUUCAAUGUUUUUCUCCUUUUUGUUGGAUCGCUUCGAAUUCUUGAUGGUCAAGUUAUACACUCGGUGAUAACUUCCUGUUGUUUCGUGUGCUGCGUACUGUAGGCGUGAUCGUGCCAAAGCUGUGGAGAUUUUGGUGAAGGACUUGAAAGUGUUUGCUGCAUUUAAUGAGGAGUUGUUCAAGGAAAUUACGCAGUUGUUGACUUUGGAAAACUUCAGGUGUGCCUUGCUGAUUACUGUCUUUUGUGGUACUUUUUCGAUUGAUGAAUCAUCGUGUGAAGUGUGUUUGGGAGAGUUUUCUUACCUAGGAUGCUGUCUAUACCUUCAUUUGCGCAGAGAAAAUGAACAGCUGUCCAAGUAUGGAGAUACAAAAUCUGCUAGGAAUAUAAUGCUUGGUGAACUGAAGAAGUUAAUAGAGGCUAAUCCGUUGUUCCGAGACAAACUCCAGUUUCCUACAUUGAAAAAUUCAAGAUUACGGACUCUAAUUAAUCAAAGGUCCUUUUAAACUUGUUUUUCACUUUUUCUUUGACACAUUGCUUUUUCCUUUUGACUUGGUUUACUUAUAGUUUAUCAUGAAGUGCAGUUUAAAUUGGCAACAUCAACUGUGUAAGAAUCCAAGGCCUAAUCCUGAUAUAAAGACCUUAUUCGUGGACCACAGCUGUGGUGGGCAGCCAAAUGGUGCUCGAGCCCCAUCCCCUGUAACCAAUCCCUUGAUGGGUGCUGUGCCAAAGCCAGGAGGCUUCCCUCCACUUGGUGCUCAUGGUGUAAGUGUAGUAAAUUGUGUUUCCUCUACUGUCAAGGUGGUUCCAAGAAAUUGACAUUGUUUGCAUGCUUGCAGCCGUUCCAGCCUCCACCUCCUUCUUUGCAAACAUCUCUUGCUGGUUGGAUGUCAAACCCAUCUCCUGUCCCUCAUCCUUCAGCUUCUGCUGGACCCAUUGGCUUGGCUGCACCUAAUAACGCAGGUAGGUCUUUUGGUGCUUCAGGCUAGCUACUGUCUUCUAUAUGGAUAAUUCACUGGUUUUGCCAAUCGUAACAAUCUAGCCUGGGCCACUAUGAUGUAACCCACAUCUUGUCACUAACUAAAUACAUCAAAUUGCUGCUCUUAACUCACUACUCUAUCAAUGAUAUGGCACUUGAAAGUUCACUAUUUUCGUAUAUUUAUACUAAGCUAUUUUUUCAUAGAACAUUUAAUGUGUGCUAACAUGCUUAUUUGUACUUAUGUAUGCCUUCUGCAGCGGCUAUUUUGAAGCGCCCUAGGACUCCUCCAACAAACAACCUGGCUCUGGAUUAUCAAACAGCUGACUCUGAACAUGUCUUGAAAAGAACUAGACCAUUUGGAAUGUCUGAGGAGGUAUUUGAGAUCAUACCAUUAUAUUAAGAUUUUGUUACAUGAACCUGAUGGGCUAGUGGUCAGUUACAUUUGAAAUUCUUUAGAUGCCUAUAUACACGUGUUGCAUUAGAGGGCACUUGCUUCACGAUUCAUUUCGCUUCUCACUGAAGUCUUCCAUGUGGAUGAUUCUUUCUUCAUUGAUUCGUAGUUAGCAAGUGCAAAAGUCUACUGUGGGUUCUGAAUUCUGAUUCAAUAAGUUGGGUUUUGAGAUGUAUGUGCAUGUCAUGUGUUCCUCAUCCCCUGAAAGCUGUGCUCCUACCUUUGUUUCAAGUCAUGGAGUUCUCUAAUCUUGUUGCUAUUUCCAAUUCUAUCAGGUUAAUAAUCUGCCUGUAAAUAUUCUGCCUGUUGCAUAUGCUGGGCACAGCCAUGGGCAGAGUUCCUACUCAUCCGAUGAUCUACCUAAGAAUUUUGUUAUGGCUUUGAAUCAAGGCUCAGCAGUGAAGAGUAUGGACUUCCAUCCAUUGCAGCAGAUUUUACUUCUUGGUAAGCUUCUGUAUGGACAAAGGCCGAACUUCAGUUGUGAAUUUUCGGAGGUGAAACAAAAUUUGUGUAGUGCU